UCCAAAGACAAUUCUGUGGGCAAAUUUAAAGUAGCUGCCAUACACUGCUAAUGCCACUCUAUUUCUAGAGAGAGAAACUCUCCUUCUUUUCUUCUUUUCUUUUUUUGAUUUUAAUUCUAAUUCUAAUUCUAAUUUUAAAGAGAGAAAGUGAUGAAUUGCUAAAUGCUUGUGAGUUGUGACUGAGAGCUCUGGGAAGAGGAAGAGUAUUUCACAAGCUCACUGCCUUCGCUGAUUUUGAGGCAUCACAAAGGGGGAGAGAGAGAGAGACAACAAGAAAAUGCUGAACUAAUUUCAGUCAUACCCAUUCAUUUUUUUUCCCAAUUUCUUCUUCCUUUUGGCAUUUUGGGUCUCUUUUUUCAUCUCUUUAUUCCCAUAAUCUUCUCCCUCAUCGGCGGAAAGGAGGACUCAAGCUUAGCCAUUGCCAGAGACAAGCAUUUGCAGUGUUUGAAGGAGAAGUUGAGAAAGAGGAACAGAUUGGUUCAUAGAGAGAGAGAUCAGUUCCACUUUUACAUCAGCUAUAACAAUGGCUGAUUCUGGUUCUGAGUUGUGUCCUGUACAGUCUGUUGUGUUGGGGCACAAAUCCAAAAGCAACUCCUUUUUCAGUGCCCCUGGUCUCUUUGUUGGCUUAAAUUUCAAAGUGGCUUCAGAUUCUGAUUCAGUCAGGAGUCCCACCUCUCCUUUAGAACUUAGGGUGUUUUCAAAUCUUAGCAACUCUGUAGGGUCCCCUAAAUCAUCCCAAGAUGGACAUAGAAGGAGCUGGGGUUGUAGUAAAGUAGGAUUAGGGAUUGUUGAUUCUCUUGAUGAUGAUAAUAAGCUGUCUGGUAAAGCUCUUGGAUCAUUUGAGAAUAAGAACAUCAUUUUUGGACCUCAAGUUAGAACCAAGAAUCAGACCCAAAAUCUUCAAAUUGACACAGUUUUCCCCCAGGCAGGUCCUAGAUCUUUACCUAAAAAUUGUCCCAAUUUUCCCCCACCGCAGCUCAAAAAACCGAGCUACAGCUCGGAGGUUCUCUUUGAAAUUGGAGAACCAUUAGAAUUCAAAACUUCAAAGAAGAGUGGGGCGUGUUCCUUGGACUCGCCUCGGUUUGUUUCUGCAUCUUAUGGUGUAAAAGGUCGUAGCUUCUUCCAUUCUACGAAUCCAUUUGUGAAGAAAUUGACCACGAAUGCUGAUUCUGAGCCUCAAGACAAAAUUUUGUCUGCAGAUAUUUCAACCCCAGCAUCAAUAACGGUGCCUGUUCCCGGGACCAUUGAGUCUCUUUCUGCAACCGAAAUCGAGCUUUCCGAGGAUUAUACCCGUGUGAUAUCUCACGGGGAGAAUCCAAAAACCACUCACAUUUUUGGUGACUGCAUUUUAGAAUGUCACUCUGAUGAUUUGAACAACUUGAACAAGAAUGAGAUGAAUGAGAUAGGAUCUCCUCUAUCAAUUAGAAGCAGCUUGGACAUUCCUUUUCAAUGUCAACCAAUUGAUUUUCUAAGUUUUUGUUACUUUUGUAACAAGAAACUUGAAAGUGGGAAAGACAUUUACAUUUACAGGGGCGAGAAAGCGUUCUGCAGCUCCGACUGCCGGUAUCAGGAGAUCAUGAUUGAAGAAGAACCGGAGAAACCCAUUAGUGAAAUUUUCCAACAUUCUUCAACAUGUGAAGAUGGUAAAGAAGAGUUCCAAACUCAUGGCACCAUUUUUGAAUAAACAGGUCGGUCUCCUCCACAGUGCUGAUCAUGACUGGUGAAAUUGUGGUAACAAAUGCUGCCCGGUCGUCUAUUAACCAAAGAGCUGUUCUCAUUUCAGCCAUGGAUGAUCCAUUGUACAUUUUGAUGAUGCAUUUGUUUGAUUUGCAUUUCACAUUCAGGAUCUGAGUGCAGGAUGAACUUACAAGACUUGUCUGUUUUCUCCUCCCCUCUUUUUUUCUGAAAUUCACAUAAAUUUGACAAUUCCAUUGUCAAGUCAAGCUAGUAUUGGCCUUGUAGAAGAGUUCAUAGGGUAGAAGCCUGCUUUUAUGGCUCCCCAAUCUUCGAAUUUUCUGGCUUGUAUCUUUUUAAUGGCCAGAUAUUAUGAUGAUAUACUGAAAAGACUGAGCAACAUAUUUCUUUUUCUCUCCAAAUCAAAAACACAAAUAGUUGGCAAUGUACAAAAUUCUCCCAAAUUGUGGAUCACCUUGCAUUAUAUUAUAUGAUGAGAAAACAUUACAAUGCUGAAUGCUACAAAAAGGGAGACAAUCAUUCAUA